AUGCUUGAAGGAUUACUAUUUUAUCCAACUUUGGGUUUUAAUUUGCUUCGUAAUUAUCUGCAGCCGGUGAAAUGGGCAUGGUAUAAUCGUAUCGAUGAUAUCAUAGUACUCGGUGCACUUCCAUUCCGGAGUAUGGUAAAGGAACUUAUUGAAAAGGAAAAUAUUGGUGCCGUUAUUUGCUGUACCGAAGAAUAUGAGACGCAAGCUGCAUGGAAAGCAAUGGGUGAAAAGGAUUGGAAAAAAAGUGGUGUAGAAUUCUAUUCAUUACCAAUGGUCGAUUUUGUGGGUACAGCAUCCAGAACGUCAAUUGAUAAAGCUCUUAAAUUUGUUGAUGAAAGUGCCCAACGUGGUAAAUCAGUAUAUGUACACUGCAAAGCGGGUCGAACUCGUAGCGCAAUGUUUGCUACAUGUUAUUUAAUGCGUAAGAAUGGUUGGUAUCCAAACGUAGCUUUUGAGUUCAUUAAAGUGAAACGACCUCAGGUAGUACUUGGAAAUGCUCAAUGGCGGACAAUUAAUGAAUAUCAGAGAUAUUUGGAUCACAAAAUUGGGCUUGCUUAA